AUGAACAGCCUCACGCGGCUGUUGCUCGCCGCCUCUCUGGGCGUUGCCAGCGCGGCCACAGUCAAGUAUGACUUCAACAUCACUUGGGUCACGGCCAACCCGGACGGGGCCUUUGCGCGCCCCGUCAUUGGCAUCAACGACCAGUGGCCCAUUCCUCGCAUCGAGGCCAACGUGGGCGACCGCAUCGUCAUCAACGUCAACAACCAGCUCGGCAACCAGUCGACGUCGCUGCACUUCCACGGCCUGUACAUGAACGGUACCACGCACAUGGACGGGCCCGUGGGAGUGUCUCAGUGCGCGAUUCCCCCGGGUCACUCAUUCACGUACGACUUUACAAUUGAUCAACCUGGCACCUACUGGUAUCACUCUCACCACAAUGCGCAGUACCCCGAUGGCCUUCGAGGUCCUCUCAUCAUCCACGACCCCAAGUUCCCCUACAGGAAAGAGGUUGACCAGGAGCUUGUCCUGACCCUCUCGGACUGGUACCACGACCAGAUGGCUACCCUUCUCCCUAUCUUCCUGUCCAAGAACAACCCGACUGGUGCUGAGCCCGUGCCCAAGGCGGCGCUGAUGAACGAGACUCAGAACUUGACCGUCUCUGUCGAGCCCAACACGACGUACAUGUUCCGGGUCAUCAACAUCGGCGCCUUUGCCGGGCAGUACCUCUGGAUCGAGGGACACACGAUGCGCAUCGUCGAGGUGGACGGCGUCUACACUGAGCAAGCCGAGGCCGAGAUGGUUUACAUCUCUGCCGCUCAGCGCGUCAGCUUCCUCCUCACCACCAAGAAUGACACUUCUGUCAACUUUCCCAUUGUCGCCAGCAUGGACACGUCCCUCUUUGAUACUCUGCCAGAAGACCUCAACUACAACGUCACCGGCUGGUUGACCUACGACUCCCAGGCCACCCUCCCCGAGCCCGCGCUGGUCGACGAGCUCGACCCCUUUGACGACAUGGACCUCGUGCCCUACGACAAGAUGGAGCUGCUCCCCGAGCCAGACCAGGUCGUCGAGCUCGACGUCAUCAUGGACAACCUCCGCGACGGCAAGAACUACGCCUUCUUCAACAACAUCACCUACACCCACCCCAAGGUCCCCUCCCUGUACACCGCCCUGUCCGCCGGCGACCUCGCCGACAACGCCGCCGUCUACGGCGAGUACACGCAUCCCUUUGUCCUCAACAAGGGCGAGAUUGUGCAGAUUGUCGUCAACAACCUCGACUCCGGCCGUCACCCCUUCCACCUCCACGGCCAUGCCUUCCAGGCGAUCCACCGCUCGGAGGAGGAGGCCGGUACGUUUGAGGAUGAGGCCCUUUCUGAGAGCGACUACAAGGCCGUGCCCAUGCGACGAGAUACUCUCGUCAUCUGGCCCAACGGUAACAUUGUCAUGCGCUUCAAGGCCGACAAUCCCGGUGUCUGGCUCUUCCACUGCCACAUCGAGUGGCACGUCGCCUCCGGCCUCCUCGCCACCUUCGUCGAGGCGCCCCUCGACAUCCAGAAGCAGUUCACCAUUCCCGACGACCACCUCGCCGUCUGCGACGCCGGAAGCGUUCCCACCAAGGGCAAUGCCGCCGGCAACGCCGCCGACUUCCUUGACUUGACGGGCGAGAACAAGGCCCCUGGCACCAUCCCCGGCGGCUUCACUCCCCGCGGCAUCGUCGCCCUCGUCUUCAGCUGCAUCACCGGCGUCCUCGGCGUCCUCGUCGUCGCCUGGUACGGCCUCUCCACGCCCCUCGAGCUCGUCCCCGCGGCAGUCGCCCGCGUCGUCGAAACUUCCGAGGUCGCUGAUGAUGAUGAUGGCCACCACUCCUCCUCCUCCGCUGGUGCUGCGGGCAACGGGUCUGGGGCUGCUGCUGCUGCUGCCGGGGCUGCAACUCUGAGGAGCUGA